CGGAGUACGCGACGAACGGACGCACUGCGAAGAAACGAAUCGUCAGUCAGUCAAAAACUCGACAGUGCUGGUGCAGUUUUUUUUUUUGGUUUUUACAGACAUCAGAAGUGCGAUAAAGAAAACGACGGAUUUGAAACAGUGAAACGACCUCCAUUCGCGAUAUACGGUACACAUCACAAGAUUUCAUUACCAUCCGGGUGCAAACAAACGUGGCCAGUUGGAUUCCGGAUAGUGUUCGAGCGGAGAAGAAUCGACAGCUCUGGGAAAACAUAAUGUCUCGCGUACAGGUGCUGUACGAUUUCUCGGCGGAGCCCAACUCGGCGGAAAUCACGAUAACCGUCGGUGAAAUCCUGACCGUCACAAGUACUGACGUCGGCGAAGGAUGGUGGGAGGGAACCAACUCCCGCGGUCAGCGCGGUUUAUUCCCAGCUGCCUACGUGGAAGUCAUGCCAAAUAAUCCUGCUGGACCACCGAAAAUGCCUCCUCCGCCUUUGCUUCCGGCGGCUACGCAGCAACCGCCACCACCGCAACAACAAAUGUCGCAACAACAGCAGCAGCAGUCAGCUCAACAGCAAGGACAUCGAUACGAUCCGACCUCGGAUGACUGGGGGGACCAGCAGGACGACUGGGAGGACGAUUGGGACGACGAUAAUGAUACGUACUCGGAAAUUGGUCCAGCCAGUGGAGGUGGUUCGGCAGCAACUGCGGCGAGCGCUGCCAAUAAUCAGAAUGGGAAUUUCCAAAGUAGUAGUUAUUAUGCAAAUGCCAAUCUGCCGGCGCCACCUGCAGGAGCACAUCACAACGAUGGGGAUGGAAUUUCGCUGGCUUCGACGGUUGUGGGCGGAACCAGGAGAACAACCUCAUCGGGUAAAAUUUUCUCGAAAAACAGUGACGCUUAUUUGAUGGGUUUGACUGUGCCUGCCGUUUCCGAAAGCGACCGAGUGCAAAUCCUACAAACUGAAAACGGAAUCAUUUGGAAGCCGAUGCGUGAUGGGUACACGGUAACGGUUGAUUCACCAAAGAAAGAGAAAAAAUUCAAUGGCCUUAAAAGUUUCAUAGCUUAUCAACUGACGCCUUCAUUCAACAACAUACCGGUGUCUCGCCGCUACAAACAUUUCGAUUGGCUUCACGAGCGCUUAGUGGACAAAUUUUGCUUAAUUCCGAUACCACCACUACCAGAUAAGCAAAUCUCCGGGCGAUACGAUGAGGAGUUCGUAGAGCAUCGUCGUGUUCAGUUGCAAGAAUUUGUCGAUUGGGUAUGCCGUCAUCCGGUGCUGUCCACCUGUGCCGUGUGGAUGCACUUUUUAACUUGCACCGACGAAAAGAAGUGGAAAACUGGAAAGCGAACAGCCGAGAAGGAUCCCCUGGUGGGAACCACCUUCUGUGCAUCCAUCUUUCCACCGGAUAAAACACUCCUCCAUUCGCAAGUUGAUCCCCAGGUAGACACGUGCACUUUGUUCGUACCUCAGAUGAACUCCGCAGUCAAAAGCCUGUUCCAGAUCUGCAGCGAAGAAACGAAAAAGUUCCAAGGUCAAUGGAAACAGGACUAUCAACGACUCGGUGAGGGCAUGUCGGAGCUUGCUCGAUCCCUCGAAGUUGACGAACGACGCCAGGUCACUCAGAUCAGCCUGUCGAACUCGGUCGGACAUGCGGCCGGAAUCUUUAUCAGUAUUGGGCAAAUGUACGCCGACCAGCCUAAGCACGAUUUCAUUCCCUUCUCCGACCGUUUGCACAUUUAUCGGGGCCUGCUGAACACAUUCCCGGACAGCUUGGGCGAAUACCGGAACGCUGUUCAGAAGCGGAAAGAUUGCGAGAAGCUGACGGCCGAACAGAAGAUGGAAAACAGCCAACUGGCGGAAGUGAACCGAAGGGUGGACGUGAUGUCGUAUGCGAUGCUUGCCGAGAUGGCGCAUUUCCGUCAGGAACGGGAUACUCACCUCAAGGACACCCUGCGGAGCUUCAUCGGUGCGCAGAUUGAGUUCUACCAGAAAAUUGUACGUCGGUUGGAACAAGCGCAGUCGCAUUUCUAAGUGAGUGGGUUCUUUAAUAUGUUUACUAUUAUCUAGCUCUAAGCCCAUAGUUAAGCUCACUUUAGUUAUGACCUAUGAUAUUGUGAAUCAAGCAAUCUGAUAGAAGAAAAGAGUUGCCUUACAUGAAAAGCAAAUUACAUAUAAUAAUGAUUCGUUGUAUUUAUUCGGUCCUAGUUUAUUUUACAAAUAACAAAAAGUACACGGCGGAAAGAAUGAAAUCUUUUUCAUAUUUGUCUUCUAUAUUUCCGAUCUAUCCUAUAGUCACUUCAGAUUUCAUAGACGAGCGGAAGCAUUCCAUUUUCUGCUCUUUGUACGCGAAAUUGCUUGAAUUGUAAACGCAAGAUCGUAUCAAUUUGAUUACAUUAAUUGACUUCACAUUAGCUCAUCUAUGAAAUCUAAAACCCUAUGCGCUAAUUACGAAUAUCCUUCGCUUUGUAUAUAUUAAAGGAACUUCAUGUUUCUUUAAGGUCUUUUUUAAAUGAAAUAAUUUUAUCGCAAACCCUA